GCAAGGGAGGAGGUAGUUCUGGCAUCAGUCCCUGGCCACAACACCUACAUGGCCAUCAAAAUGAUCACCAAAAAAGGGGAUAAUGAAGAUGCGCUAAUGAGAGAGAGGCGGAUACUCCUUGCGGCCAGAGACUGCCCAUUCCUAAUCCACCUCUAUGCCGCACAGCAGUCUCAGGAGCGCACGUAUUUUAUUACGGAGUAUCUGUCCGGGGGCAGCCUGGAUGAUUUGAUCAGCAUGUGUGGCUGCAUGGACAUCAGCAAUAUAAGAUUUUACACGGCAGAGAUUGUGUGUGGCCUCCAGUUCCUCCAUGGACGUAACAUCAUCCACCGAGAUCUAAAGCCGGAGAACAUCAUGUUGGAUGCCGACGGCCACAUCCGUAUCAUCGACCUCGGGCUGGCCCAAGAUGGUGUCACCACCUCCGAUAAGAUCUAUGGAGUGGCGGGAACCAUCCAUUACAUGGCCCCUGAGAUGCUUCUUAAAACAGGAUAUGGCGCAGCAGUUGACUGGUGGAGCCUGGGCAUUGUGGUGUGCAGAAUGGCAGGAUGCCCCCCAUUUUACAACGGCCCUGUCAGAAAAAUGGCCCAGGACGCCAUCAUCAGUGAGAAGCCAUAUAUUCCAUCUUGGUUUGAUGCAGACUUGAAAGAUCUUGUCAAAAAACUGCUGUGCCAAAAUCCUGAGAAGCGUUUGGGUGUGUGCGGGAACAUCCGAGAGCAUCCAUUCUUUUCCACCAUCGGCUGGGAGGAACUGGAGGAAAGGAGAGCACAGCCACCAUUUACACCAUGUGAGUCUGUUCUGGAGAAGCAACAUCUGCAGUGGCCGGAGGAUAAAAGAGCCCUUCACCCCGUGGCCGAAUUUAACUAUAUGUCACCAAGCUGGGCCCGGUUGAUGAGAACAUCUGGACUGUGAAGGAAUCCACGACCAUCUGGAUAUACCCGUGCCUACUGCCCAGAACUUCAUGCCUCCUGACCUCAUAUCUCUGCCAUGUAUGCAAGGCUGCCUUAAAAAAAUCAUCUCUCUCCUUACCAUCUUCAUUCUGCACCUUUGCCAUUGUGUUGCUGCCCCAAGCACUUGACUUGACGUCCUCCACUCCUGGGCUGGCAUCUGACAUAAGUCCAGCCUGAAGAUCCUCUACGCCUCCGGGAGUGGCCUGUGCUUAGUUUUCAUCUGGUGAGAUCAGGAACAGGAAAACCCCGGAGAAGCUAUUAUACCUGAACUCACCUGAGCAUAGGCCUGGUAUGUAUAACACACAUCACACACACACACAUCACCCACACUAUAGGAUAAGUAUAGGUACCCGCACAUAGACACAUAGUAUACACACAUAAUAUAGUGGCCAUUGAUCCUGGGAUUUAUUCUGAUCGCCAUAUUUGGGGUCGGGAAGGAAUUUUUCCCCCUUAGUUGAGGAUUUGAUCCACACAGGGGUUUUUCGCCUUCCUCAGGAUCUACACGGCCUUAAAUAAGUUUAGUAUAAUAGGUUAUUAGGUAGCUCACAUGUAAUUAGCAUAAUAUAAAUAGAUAAAUAAAUAUUUCUACUUUUAGUGACAGUAUAGUACAAACGUAGAAAAUUUUACAAAAGAAGCUCUCACCUGCUCCCUGCUAAGCAAAGCACGGACAACAGCCCCUUGGCUUAGCUGUUCCAACGAUAACCCCAAAACUUUAGAAAUCCAGCUCAAAGCAAAAACAGGGGAAUCUUUAUUUCAGCGGUUAAAAACUUCCAGUAAAGGAUAUAAUGCUACGCGUUUCAGACCUCUAUUAAUUCCGAUCCUUCAUCAUACUACUUACUUGUUCCGCUCUGUACUAAGUUGCGGGCUGCGGCGGGCUUCAGUUAGGUGGCGCGCAAAUCGCAAUCCUGAUACCCACCCAGUCCCAGCUGUGAUGACAAGAUAAGGAAUAGAAUUCAGCGCAGCGCAGCCGCACUUCAAAUACAGGGAGGGCCCGACCGCCGCACUUAAAAAAAUUAAAAAAACACUUUCGGGGCUGCGGAACCAUUACCCCCCCCCCCCACCGCCAGGCCUGGUCGCACCUUCUGCAACCGUUACGCCACUGGAGUGGCCAGCGGGGCUCAAGAGGCAGCUGCCUUGGGCCCCCCAGAAGCAACUGGGCCCGGGGCAGCUGCCCCUUUUGUCCCGCGUUAAAGACAGCCCUGAUUCUGAUUACCAUAUUUGGAAUCAGGAAGGAAUUUUCCUCCCCAAUAUGAGGACUUCUGGCCUCACGGGAGGUUUCACCCUCCACUGGAUCAAUAUGGCCUAUUAAGAAGCUUAAAAUAAAAGAUAUAUGUAGGUAAUGCAUACAUAAUUUAACAUACAUAUAGAAAAAAUAAAAAAAAAAUAUAUACAGUAGAUUAGUAGAAAAUAUAAAAUAAAUAGUCUAGUUAUUUUAGAAUUUUUUUUUAGGCCUCAGCCUUUGAUCCCGGGAUUUAUUCUGAUUGCCAUAUUUGGAAUCAGGAAGGAAUUUUCCCCCCGACGUGAGGACUAUUGGCCUCACAGUCGGUUUUUGCCUUCCUCUGGGAUCAACAUGGCCUAUUAUUAGUAGGUUUAUAUCUAGCUGACACAUACACUAUAUAACAAAUCUAGAAAAAAAAAUACUAAAAUAUAUAAUUUAUAAUUCACAUACACAUAUACACAGUAGGUUAGUAGGAAGUCUAAAAUAAAUAGUAUAAUCAUCCCUCCCUCUCCUCCCCAAUAUCACAUUGGUUAAGUAUCAGCCCUUGAUCCUGGAAUUUAUUCUGAUCCCCAUAUUUGGGGUCUGGAAGGAUUCUCCCCCACUGAUAUGAGAAAGACUCACGGGGGUUCUCUCCUUCCACUGGAUCAACAUGGCCUAUAAAUAUGUUUAGUGUCUAAGAUAAAUCAUUUAGAUAUACAUAUAUAACAAUUUCAAAAUAA